AUGGCCAGCGCACCAAUGCGCAUCCCCACGCCGGUGGGCAGCCGCCCACCAUCGCGCACGCGUGCCCCGCCAUCGAGCGACGAGCUCGACCUGAGCCAUCUGUCCCUCAGCCCCCCAGAGCUGGGGUACGGCUCGAGCCUGUCCCCUCCACAGCUGUACAGCGGCCACCUCGCCCCCGGCGCCUCCGGGGUAGGCGAGAGCCCGCCGCUCGCUACCCCGCCGACACCGGCGCUCUUCCGCUCCCUCGCGCGCGGGAAGGCGCGCCUCGCCGAGCCGGAGGAGGAGCAUGCCUUCCGCGACGGGUUCAGUAACUCGUAUGGCCUGUGGCGCGGGGACGGCUUCGAGCUCGACGACGACGCUAGCGAGCACCGCGGCGAGAGCUCGCACAGCCCACAGCAGGGCACGCUGCCGCGAGGCGUGCUCACCCCGCCGCCGCCGCCCGCGCCCGCCCGCGUCGCGUCGCCCCCGCCCCAGCUGCCCGCGCAGACGUUUGCGCCGCUCUACUCGCCCACCUCGGCGCCGGGGGGGACAGGGGACAUCGACGACGACUCGUCCCCUGCGUCGUCGACGUCCAUGUCGACGACGAGCUCGCGCUCGCGGUCUGGCUCGGCUUCGCUCAGUGCCGCUGUUCGCAGGCGGCUGGACUCGUCCAAGCGCCUCUUCCGCCGGGGGGAGGACGAGGGCGCGGCGCCCGGCACCGGCUCCGCGACGCCUGCAGCAGCAGCCGUGACGCUCGAGGCUGAUCCCUCCCCCAUGUCCAGGCUACGGUCGACGCUCCGCCCGCGUGCCCGCACCAACUCGGGCUCGAUGACUGACUCGACCUCGUCCUUCUUCACUUCGUUUGCCAUCUCACCUGCUGCGUCGACGUCGAGCGCGGCCUCGAGCCCGGUGCUUCGCUCGUUCCCACCACCACCAGACGACGGCAACAUGGAGCAACAGCAGCAGCAACAACAACAACAGCGUCACAAGCUCUUCCGGCCCCGCGGGCAGGGCCUGCGCCGGCGGAGCACGCUCGGGCUGGCAGGGCUUAGCUUGACUCAGGUCGAGCCACAGCCCCUCCAGCCCCGCCCGUUCUCCGUCGUCGUCUCGUCUGCCGGCGUGCGCGCGCACGCUCCAGAGGCGACGGCGCCUGUCGGCACCGACGAGCUGGUAUGGGGCACGCUGUCGUACCGCGCUGUCCCGGAAGCCGUCAAGGUCGACCUUUUCUCCACGAUGCUGCCCCGUGAACUCAAGGUCGCCGUCUUCAAGGCUCUCCUAAGCGGCUGGAAGGCCAGUGGCGCGGGCGCCCGCCUCGAGGGAGAGAAUGGCGGGCGGAGGGAGCUGAUCCGGUUGAGUCGGGUUUCCAAAGAGUGGCGAUCGCUGGUCUACGACGGCCAGCUGUGGGCAAACUUUGACCUGACUGCCUUUGCUGGCAAGCUCCACCCGGCGACGAUGCGGCAGAUCCUGCGCCACUCGCGCGCAUUCGUCCGCACGCUCACAUGCCAGGGCAUGGAGACGCUACCUGGGUCGUCGCUGACCGGGCGCGACCUUCUCGAUCUGUGGAGCACCGACAGCUACCCCAUCCCGCGGCUGAGCCCCAGCUUCUCAUCGCUGACCACCCUCGACCUCCGUGGCGCGCACGGCAUCACGACGCCCGACAUCAUCGCCGUCGUGCAGAUCUCGCCGGGCCUCAAGAAGCUCAACCUCAAGGGAUCGCGCCUGCACCUCAGCCACCUCCUCGCCACCGUCGCUGACAAUGUCGACGGGCUCGAGGAGCUCGACGUGUCGCGCUGCUGGUCUCUCGAGUUUCUCGAUGUCGAAGCGUUCAUCGCGCGCCUGAACGCCCAGCAGCGCGCCGCACUCAAGUCGCUGCGUAUCUCUGGCCUGCCUGCAGCGACUACCAAUCACCUACUCCAAAAGCUCGCGACGCUGCCCAACCUCCACACGCUCGACCUCCUCGGAUGUCGCUGGCUGGCCCAUGACGACAUCAAGGAGUACAUUGACGCGCUGGACGGCCGCCCGAGCCCCCUCCGCCACCUCGUCAUCUCUAGCUGCACCAACCUCACGACCGAGGCCAUUGACCUACUCGUCGGCCACGUGCCCGAGAUGCGCAUGUUUGAGGCGGCCAACCUCGAGGCCGUCUUCUACAUUGACCCGCCGCCGACGCUCGCCCGGCUGGUCCGCUCCAUGCCCAAGAUUGAGCGCCUCGACCUCGAAGGUACAGGCAGAUAUGGCGGCGUGUGCGACCGGAUGCUGUACGAGCUCAUCCCUGGCGCGUGCCCCGGUUCGCCGCUUGUCAUUAGCCAGCUCGUUGAGCUGCGCAUCGGCUCGGCAAAGCACGUCACGACACAGGCGCUGUCCACCCUCGUGACCAGCCUCCCACGCCUGGCGCGCCUCGAGGCAGACGGCACCGAGGCGGACAACGCCCUCGUGCGCGCCUUUCUCAACAAGCACGGGCGGGACCCGGACGCGGCACUGUGCCUCGUCGACUGCCACAGGCUCACACCCGAAAUAUACCCCGAGAUCCAGUACAAGACGCGCGCGCGCGAGGGCUGGGACGACUACCAGGCGCUGCCGUUCACCUACUCGCGCGCCGAGGUCGCCGCACUGCCUGUCAUCAAGACAUUCUGGGCGUGGCGCAAGGUCGCUGCGCCGAAACAGUGGCGCGACGCCCGCGAGAACGGCGAGAACAAGCGCCGCGGGUCGGGCGGCGAGGUCUCUGGCCGCCGCGGGUCGACGCCCACGCGCCUAUGGUGGCGCGACAUUGACGAGAUUGAGCGCGGCGCCUGUGUUGUGCAGUAGUGUGCACACUACACAUUUGUAUCUCUGUUGUGCCAUAUCAUCUAUCAAGUGUCGUUGUAUCCCAUAUUCAUGCAGGC